AUCCACAUUCCAUUAAAACAAGAACUGUUCUGAGCUCUGAGCUCCACCUCCUCACAGCUCAGACGAGAAACGCCGCUGAGGAAGGAUUAAAGAAAAACAAGGAAUCAGAAGAACUUGGAUUAUAAGAACACACUGGAACAAACGGACACGUGCUGAAGACAGGCCAGAGCUUUGAUCCACCCUGUACGGUGACGACAUCCAGAAACGAGCUUCCCAGAAGAGGAAAUGGACGUGAGCACCAUGAUCAGCAGACCUGAGUCACCUGGCUGUAAAUCUGAGGCGAGUGGCUGGUCAGCAGAGCAACCCAUUGACUUUAAAACAGCGAAACCGCUGGACAUUAAAAGCACAAUGAUGGUGGCCAGGCCAGGGUCACCUAGCUGCAGGUCUGAAGCGAGUGACUGGUCAAUGGAGCAGCCUAUUGCAUUUCGACCAGAUCCGUGGGACCAGAAAAGCACAGUGGUUGCCAGGCCAGGGUCACCCAGCUGCAGGUCUCAAGCAAGUGACUGGUCAAUGGAGCAGCCAAUUGCAUUUAAUGGAACCGAACCUCUGGACACGAAAAGUCUGCUGUCUGGAGUAACAUCAACUGCAGACAGCGGCGUGUCUAUGACGACUGACCAGUCACGUGAAGAACCUCGAGAACACAGGCUGAGCUCUCAUUACGCUGAGGCUGGAGACGUGGCCUGUGAUCUGUGUGAAGGAAGGAAGUUAAAAGCAUUCAAGUCCUGCAUGACCUGCCUUGCCUCCUUUUGCGAGGCACACGUCAGAGAUCACUACACAGUGGAGGCACUGCAGAGACACCUACUGGUGGAGGUCACCAAAAACCUCAACAUACUUCAGGAGAACGCUCAGCUGAAGAAAAUAAUCAGGGAGGAACGGUCAGAGAAGACGGCCCUGAGGAAAGAGGUCACUACUCUGAGGCAGACGAUCUGUGAACUGAGGCAGACGAUCUGUGAGCUGAGGCUUCCUGACUUCAUCUGCAAAGGGAAGAUACCUGCAGCAGCUGAUCUGGUGUUGGAUCCUGACACGGCUCAUUCCGCGCUUGUGUUGUCUGACGACGGUAAACGAGUGCGGCUGGGGAAAGAGAAACCCCUCGAUUACAGCGCGCCGAGAUUUGACAAAUCUGAGUGCGUUCUCGCCACCGAAGGCUUCGGCUCCGGGCGGCACUACUGGGAGGUGGAGGUCAACAGAGAGUUCACCACCGGGGUCACCAGAGAGUCGGCUCAGAGGAAAGGGAGGUUCAGCUUCUCUCCUGCUCGUGGCUACUGGUGUCUCUAUCACUUCAGACAGUCCUUCACAGCUCUGGAGGAGCCCAGCAGGCGCCUGCCAAUCGACGCUGUGCCCCAGGUCUUGGGGGUCUGCCUGGAUGUGGAUGAGAAGUGGGUCGUUUUUUAUAACGCUGAGACUAAAGCUCACAUUUACACAUUCAGGCAGAUGGAGUUUGGAGACAGAGAGAAGAUCUACCCUGUAUUCACCACCCUGGAGAAAUCAGUGGGCCUGAAGAUUAAGACUGUGAACUGAAACGGUGAUUAUUGAUUGGUCGGCGAUCACGCUGUGGAUAACAUUCAUUUACAUUUACAUUUACAGCAUUUGGCUGACGCUCUUAUCCAGAGCGACUUACAACUUGAUCAU